GGCAGCCACCACUGUCAACCAGUGGUUGCCGUCCUGAACUGUCAUUCACUCUGCGAACCAAAUAAAAAAAAAUACCAAACACUGUUUUCGUGCAGGGGAAAGAAAAACGGGAUUUUAUGCCGAAUUUCCUCCAAAUUGAGCAUAAAUUGCGGAGUGAAAAGUUAAAUUAAUGCAAGUGUGCAGAGAUGUAAUAGUUCGCGGUACAUGAUAUCCAGCGGAAACGAGUACAAAUAAGUGAAAACAGCACUGACCAAAGGCUGUAUCCCCCCUUCCUACAAAAAGGAAAUACCAGCAACACUCACCGACCAAAAGAAAAAAAAAGGAAAUAUUGCGCUACGGGUGUAGGUCGUUGGCUGCAAGUGCAUCGUGAAAAAAACAAGGCAGCAAAAAGGGAAAAAGUAUGAGCACUACAGGUGUCUUGCCGUUCGUGCGUGGAAUAGAUUUCACGAACAAUGACUUCAGCGAUGAUAAAUUCCCGAAGAACAUCAAACACAUGUCCGGGGUCCAGUGGCUUAAACUGGACCGGACCGGCAUGGACACGAUACCGGACGAGAUGGGCAAGCUGGUGAAGCUGGAGCAUCUGUCGAUGAAGAACAAUCAGCUGGAAAAGUUGUUCGGCCAGCUGAGCGAACUCGGCUGCUUACGGUCGCUGAACGUGCGGAGGAACAAACUGAAGAGCCACGCCAUCCCGUCGGAUCUGUUCGAGCUGGAAGAGCUUACCACGCUCGACCUAUCGCACAACCGGCUCAAGGAGGUGCCGGAAGGUUUGGAGAAAGCGAAAGCCCUGCUCGUGCUGAACCUAAGCAACAAUCAAAUUGAAUCCAUUCCACCGUCGCUGUUCAUCAACCUUACCGAUCUGCUGUUUCUGGACCUGUCCAACAACAAGCUGGAAACGUUACCGCCACAAACGCGCCGCCUGUCGAACCUGCAAACGCUCAUCCUGAACGACAAUCCGCUCGAGCUGUUUCAGCUACGACAGCUACCCUCCCUGCAGAGCCUCGUUUGCCUGCAGAUGCGCAACACGCAGCGCACGAUUAACAACUUCCCGGCGUCGCUCGACAGUCUCUCCAACCUGCAGGAGCUGGACCUGUCCCAAAACGCACUGUCCAAAGUGCCGAGUGCCUUGUACAAUCUAGCCAAUCUGAAGCGCCUUAACCUGAACGAUAACGUGCUGGAAGAGCUGUCGCCCAUGAUCGAGAACCUGACCAAGCUGGAAACGCUUAACCUAUCGCGCAACAAGCUAACCGCCCUGCCCGCCACCCUCUGCAAGCUGCAGGAACUGCGCCGCCUGUACGUGAACGACAAUUUGCUCAACUUCGAGGGAAUACCGUCGAGCAUCGGCAAGCUCAGCGCACUGGAGGUAUUUUCCGCCUCGAACAAUGAGCUGGAAAUGGUCCCGGAAGGGUUGUGCCGUGGGUGCGGAUCGCUGAAAAAGCUUAACCUUAGCUCGAACAAGCUUAUCACGCUGCCCGAAGCAAUCCACCUGCUGACCGAUAUGGAGCAGCUGGACCUGCGAAACAACCCCGAUCUGGUGAUGCCACCGAAACCGAUCGAAGCACAGCGUGGCGACGGUUUGGCGUAUUAUAAUAUCGAUUUUUCGCUUCAAACCCAGCUACGUCUCGCUGGCGCUAACGUUCCGGCCCAGGUGCAAGGAGCGGCCAACAGUGGGAAGGAUCCGAUCGCGCGCAAACUACGCCUCCGGCGGGGUGCACGCAACGAUUCGUCCGACAAUCAAGAUUCGGCCAAAAUCCUGAAAGGCAUGCAGGACAUUGCCAAGGAGAAGAACAGCGGGCUCGGGUUCGGCGAGGAAAAGGUGGAAAAUCUGAAACCGAAGCGGUGGGACGAAACGCUCGAAAAGCCGCCGGUCGAUUAUUCGGAAAUUUUCGAAGACGAGGAUGGCCAGUACCCGGGCAUUACGGUGUGGGAGAUCGAGAACUUCCUGCCGAACAAGAUCGAGGAAGCGGCCCAUGGCAAGUUUUACGAGGGUGAUUGCUAUAUCGUGCUGAAAACAUCGCACGACGAUAGCGGGCAACUGUCGUGGGAAAUUUACUUCUGGAUCGGCACGAAGGCGACGCUCGACAAGCGGGCCUGUUCCGCCAUUCACGCGGUCAACCUGCGCAACUAUCUCGGUGCCCGGUGUCGAACGAUCCGCGAGGAGCAGGGCGACGAGUCGGACGAGUUUUUGGCCCUGUUCGACACGGACGUGACGUACAUCGAGGGUGGCCGAACGCCGACCGGGUUCUACACGAUCGAAAAUGCGGUGUACAUUGUGCGGCUGUACCGGGUGCACGAUGCCGGUCCGAACAUUCACCUGGAGCCGGUGCCGGUAAGCUACCGAUCGCUCGACCCAGGGUACGUGUUUCUGCUCGACACGGGGCUCAACAUUUUCGUGUGGUACGGGACACGGUCGAAGAACACGCUCAAGUCGAAGGCUCGCUUUACGGCGGAAAAGAUCAACAAGCACGAGCGCAAGAACAAGGCCGAAAUCUACCAGGAGUACCAGAAGCAGGAAAGUUUGGACUUUUGGCGUGCGCUCGGGUUCGCCGACGGGCAGGGCCCACAGGACGAGGACGCCGAGUGCCUGAACCAAUCGCACGUGGAUCCGGAGUUCGUCCCAGUGCCGCCGCGCCUCUACCAGAUCCAGCUCGGCAUGGGCUAUCUGGAGCUGCCGCAGGUUGAGCUUCCGGGUGGCGGUAGCGGCAAAACGCUUACGCACACAAUACUCGCCAGCAAGAACGUGUACAUCCUCGACUGCUACCUGGAUCUGUUUGUGUGGUUUGGCAAAAAGUCGACCCGGCUGGUGCGCGCCGCAGCGAUCAAACUUUCCCAGGAACUGUUCAGCAUGAUCGAUCGGCCCGAGUAUGCGAUGAUUACGCGCGUCCAGGAAGGCACCGAAACGCAGGUCUUCAAAUCGAAGUUUACCGGCUGGGAGGAGAUCAUUGCGGUCGAUUUUACGCGCACGGCGCAAUCGGUGGCACGCACCGGGGCAGAUCUUACGCAGUGGGCCAAGCAGCAGCAAACGAAGGCCGAUCUGGCCGCACUGUUCAUGCCACGGCAACCGGCAAUGACACCGAUGGAAGCGGCCCAGCUGGCCGAAGACUGGAACUACGAUCUGGACGUGAUGGAACCGUUUGUGCUGGAAAACAAAAAGUUUGUCCGCCUGCCGGAGGAAGAGCUGGGCGUGUUUUAUACGGGCGAAUGUUACGUGUUUCUCUGUCGCUACUGUCUGCCGGUGGACGAUGACGACGAUGCGGCGGAUGGGGAUGACGGGGAUGAGGCGGAUUCUGCGCCGGCCGCCAACGGGGCGCACGAGGGUUCGUCGGGCAUCGGUAGCAGCCAGCGGGGCACAACGAUGAAGCAGCUCGAUCCGGUCGCGACACCGGCCGAGGAGAUACAGUGCGUGGUGUACUUCUGGCAGGGCCGGGAGGCGGGCAACAUGGGCUGGCUCACGUUUACCUUCACGCUGCAGAAGAAGUUCAAGUCGAUGUUCGGGGAGGAGCUGGAGGUGGUGCGGAUACAUCAGCAGCAGGAAAACUUAAAGUUCAUGUCCCACUUUAAGGGCAAGUUUGUGAUCAAAAAUGGGCGGCGCAAGGAACGGCAGCGUACGCCGGAGGGUAAGCUGCCGGUAGAGUUCUACCAUCUGCGCUCGAACGGUAGUGCGCUGUGCACGCGGCUCAUUCAGAUCCGGCCGGAAGCGACGGUGCUUAACUCAGCCUUCUGCUUUAUCCUUUUCGUUCCGUUCGAAACGGACGACGAUUCCGAGUCGGGCAUCGUGUACGUGUGGAUCGGCUCCAAAACGACUGGUGAAGAAUCGAGACUGAUACAGGAAAUUGCGGAGGACAUGUUUAACAACCCGUGGGUUAGCUUACAGAUCCUCCACGAGGGUGAAGAGCCGGAAAACUUCUUCUGGGUUGCGCUGGGCGGGCGCAAACCGUACGACACGGACGCGGAGUACAUGAACUUUACCCGGCUGUUCCGCUGCUCGAACGAGAAGGGUUACUUUACGGUGGCGGAAAAGUGUUCCGACUUUUGUCAGGACGAUCUGGCGGAUGACGAUAUCAUGAUACUGGACAACGGGGAGCAGGUGUUCCUGUGGCUGGGCUCACGCUGCAGCGAGGUGGAAAUUAAGCUCGCUUACAAAUCGGCCCAGGUUUACAUUCAGCAUAUGCGCAUCAAGCAACCGGAGCGGCCACGCAAACUAUUCCUUACGCUGAAGAACAAGGAAUCGAAACGGUUCACCAAGUGCUUCCAUGGCUGGAGCGCACACAAAAAGCCACCGGAGUAAGCGGAGCAAGGGCAAACGUGAUCAUCGGGUACGUGUAAAUGUAAGCGGAAAAACUAAAAAUCGCGCAAAAUGCACACAGUAUUUCUGUGUGUGUGUCACACACAGUGGCAAUUUACUACGAAUCGGUUGCAAUGCAGGCAGUGGUGUGGAGCAUUGUUUUUAGUUUGUUAUUCGUUUGUUCGUUUGUAAUUAAAUUGUAUUAAUUUAUUCGUGCACAAAACGGUCCGUUCUCGGUCAGCUGUCCCUUUGCUAAGCGUUGUAAUAGGAAAUCCUUCGUUUACCAAUAGACAUCGACCAGAUUAUCUUAACGCGUACGCAUCUUCACAAAAGAACAAUGUAAAUAAUGCAGCUCUCUCUUCUGUAGCACAUGUCUUCCUUUAACAGAAAAAAGCCAGCAGUGAACAAUGCAAUCAAACAGUUGCUUUUGUUUUAAACUAUUUUAUUCGUCUUUUCCUUUUUAUUUUUGUAAUUCGGACUAACAAUUCGAUUCGUCGUAACUUUUGUCGCCCUCUUUAACAUGUUUAAUAGGGUACGGGGGGUACGUGCGUGAAUCCUCCAGUUACGAAGCUAACGCAAAUCAUAAAAAAAAACACCUUAACAGAACUUAAUCGCAAAUUAUGUACAAAUCAAAGCCUAUCGAACAUACGGGACUGACUGUCUGAUAAUAUAAAAGAGCGCUGUUGGAAAAUAAUUCUGCAAGCACAACAAUAAAAUAAGUUCGUUCGAACGCCCUCGCUACUAAA